UGUGUCGAUGAGCCUUCAGCAAAACGGUGCGAGCGUGGUUCAGAGCGUUGUGUGGUCUGGAUUGAGUUGCAGGAGGUCACCCAGCAAGCUGGAGCCUCAGUGCAGAAAUGAGCACGAUGUUCCUGGUUGGACUUUCGGGUGGAAUCGCGUCGGGGAAGAGCACGGUUGUGGCCAUACUCCGGGAACUGGGCUGUGCCGUGAUUGAUGCUGAUGUUAUUGCCAGGGAAGUGGUGCAGCCCCACUUCAAGGCCUAUCGGCAGAUAGUGCAUUACUUUGGCACCGAGAUCCUCUUGGAGAGCGGAGAGAUAAAUCGCGAGGCUCUAGGAAACAUUAUCUUCUCCCACCCGGAGAAACGGCAGCUGCUGAACUCCAUCACCCACCCUGAGAUCCAGAAGGAGAUGCUGAAACAGAUCUUGAAAUACUUUGUGCUAGGCUACCGCUAUGUGAUCCUUGAUAUCCCUCUGCUCUUUGAGACCAACAGAUUGACCAAGUUCAUGAAACACACGGUCCUGGUUUAUUGCGACCCGCAGACGCAGCUGCGGCGGCUGAUGAAGAGGAAUGGGUUGUCCCAGGCCGAGGCAGAAGAGCGCGUCGCCUCCCAGCUGCCGCUGGAUGAGAAGCGCAAAUUAGCCAGUCACGUCAUCGACAACUCCGGGGACCGCGAGAGCACGCGCCGGCAGGUCCUGCGGCUGCACGCCCGGCUGGAGGACUCCCUCGACUUCCUCUGGGCACGGCUGGCGCUGGGCACGGCUGUGGCCGGGCUUGGAGGGCUUGUGUACUUCCUCCUCCGGCAUUUUGUCUCUUAAUUCACCUUUUUUUUAAAGAGUGUUUUUUCUUUUGUCUUCUAAGGGGCUAGAUUUCCAGGUUUGAAAAGGGCAGUGAAAGGCCACCUGUUUUAAUGAGCUUUGCCAGCUGAAUGCAGACAGUAAGAUGAGGCAUCUCCUUGCAGACUUCCCAAGGUGAACGUGUUUUUUUUCUUUUUUUCUUUUUCUUUCUUUUUUUUUUUUUUUUUUUGCAGCACUGUCUCCCAACUAUUUGCUUUUAACUUCAUGCUCAGGUACUUACGGAGCAGCUGUGUCUCGGAGGGGCGAGAUUGCUCCGGGUGCUUGGCUGCUGCCUGCAAAAGGGGCUGAGGCCCACGUUAUCCUUGGGCUCAUCUGGACAGCAGGACUUCAGCCCCUGCUUCAGCCCAGGGUGGGUUUAGGCACUUUAAAGCCCGCUGGGACAAUCUCUUUGGCGGGGGAAUAGGUGGACUCUCGAGUCCUUUCUCUGCUACCAGCUGUCCCCAGGUUGGUCCCCUCCUAGCACUUGGCCCUGGCUAACCUGAGUUUAGAUGAGAGAUAUCCUCUUCUUUUGUGGAAAUUUAAAGGAAAGGCCUUAAAUCUGUCCAGUGGGGACAGAUGAUGCAUCAUCUCACGAGAAAAAGGUGCGCAGCUGACGGCUUGCAGUCCCUCCAGCCCUGUAUUUCUGCUGCUGCAGCCUAAGUAAUCCUGAGAUCGUUACUUGUGGGUCACCCUCCGCCAAAGGCUAGGGAUGCCGAGGGUCUUUGCGGGUCUGGUGCAUCCUUGGCAGUGGCUGAGCCUUGGGACCUGCCUCGGAGAAAUGCAUUUGCUGCUGUUUGAGUGUUUUUUUUUUUUCCCUUCCGUGGGUUCCUGGGGCAGAGCGCGAGUCUGGGCGAAGCGGGUGCUGGCUCUUCACGUUCUUUUUAAUAAAAUGCUAAACAGCAGCUGGCUCCCUAUGGCUCUAAAAUUUCC